AUUUCUAUGUUAUUGUUUGGUAUUUUGAAAAGUUCGAAGUGAAUUACAUGAGACGGAUACUUAUUACGUUGAAUUAAAUAUUGUAUUGUUUUUAGUCUGCAGUUCAAAUAUGAGUAAAAGAAAGGCCCAAUCUAGUGAAAACAACCCUAAUCAUGAUAUUUGCGAAUUAUUACUGGAGUUGGCUGAUUAUGAGCGAAAUGUUAGUCGCAAUAUCCACAAGUAUAAUGCAUACCGUAAAGCAGCGUCAACUCUUGCGGCACACCCUACACGUGUCAAAUCUGGUGCAGAAGCUCGAAAGCUGCCGGGAGUGGGAGAAAGAAUUGCCAAAAAGAUAGAUGAGUUCCUGGAGACAGGGAAGCUGCGGAAAGUGGAAAAUAUUAGAAAUGAUGAUUCUUCAAAAGCAAUAAAUGAGUUAACAAGAGUUUCAGGUAUAGGACCAGCAAAAGCAAAAGAACUUGUUGAUUCUGGUAUUAAAAGCAUUGAAGAUUUGAAGAAAAACAAAGAGAAGCUUAAUCAUCACCAGCUUAUUGGACUGAGGUACUUAGAAGACUUUGAGAAGAGAAUACCCAGGGAAGAGAUCCAACAGAUUGAAGCUGUAAUUAAGAAACAACUUGCUGACAAUGAUGAAAAGUAUGUGGCAACUAUAUGUGGAAGUUACAGGAGGGGAAAGGCAGAUAGUGGAGACAUUGAUGUACUAGUGACUCAUACUGACUACAUGUACACCACCAGAGAUAAGAGCCACAACAAAUCAAAAGUGUUCAAAGAUGUUGUUGCGUCACUGGAGAAAUGUGGUCUCAUUGUUGAUACCAUUUCACAAGGUGACAGUAAAUUCAUGGGUGCAUGCAGGUUGUCCGGAGUUCAAAAAACAUCCAAAGAGACACCAGUGAGACGACUGGACAUCCGUUUUAUACCAUAUGAUCAGUUCUACUGUGCUAUCCUGUAUUUCACAGGUUCAGACUUGUUCAACAAAGAGAUGAGAACACAUGCUCUGUCAAAGGGCUUUACACUGAAUGAAUAUUCAUUACGUCCUGUUGGAAGCACAGGUGUGGCUGGUGAACCGAUUCCCAUUACUAGCGAGGAGGACAUUUUUAACUGCAUUGACUUUAAGUAUAGGAAACCAGAAGAAAGAGACUGGUGAACAAAACUGCUCAGGACAGCUCUAGAGUACACUGAUGUACUUAUAUAAUAGGAAUAGAAACCCAGUACUUAUUCAUGUCUUUGCUUAAAACUUUCGAUUGAGAGAUUGUCUGAUAAACUGUAUUAAUGUAGCACAUUGUAAUAACUGAAAAAUUUUUAAUACAAGAUUUAUGA